UUUCUAGCCACUCGUUGUAUUUCUUGCUUGCACGAAUCUGUCAGUACCCGGAUACGGCGUGGGGGUCGGUACAAUUGGCCGUUUGUAAACCGUUGCAAGUAGUUUUUUUUUAUGUUAAUUUUCAACUCAUGUGUCUAUGAAUAAUUUUAUCAGUUGUUAUAAGUCUAUUUGUCUCGGUUAGAUCGGGGGUUUUUGUUAUUAUAAGUACGGGAAUGGAGGGAAUGGUUUAAUAACCCACACCCACAGCACGGUUCACUCUCGGUAGCUCCAGCUUCUCCCGGUCUUACCAGGUGGCUUCAACUUGCGCAGUCUGUCGCUAAACAUGGCAGACGGGUUGAAAGUGGGAUUCGUGCGGCUCAUGCACUAUUUGCAGGACCCUCAGCACGUCGCGCGUUUUCAGCAGCUAUGCGGGGUGCGCGGAACCGACACACGUGACAAACUCAGUAACGGGGUACCAGGCACUCGCCACGGGGAUGUUCAGAACGGAGGCGGGGAUGCCACCCGCCGUAGACCAGCAGGAGCAGAGACCGACAGGGAGAAACGCAAUAACAGCGUGGCGAACGGAGCUGCAGGAGAAAACAUGCGAGCACAGGGUAAGGACGGGGACGACGCUCAAGGAUCCGCGGUGAAGCCGUUGCGCAGAAACUCUCUCACCGGAGACGUCGGUCAGGAGUUCAUCAUCGAGAAUAAGUUUCUAUUCUACCUGUUCACGCUCGGUACCGAGCUUGGGAACGAGCUUUUCUACAUUUCAUUCUUCCCGUUCUUCAUGUGGAACGUAGACGCUUAUGUGAGCCGCCGGCUCGUCGUGGUCUGGGUAUGGGUCAUGUAUCUCGGCCAGUGCACGAAAGAUGUGAUCCGGUGGCCGAGACCUGCCUCGCCCCCGGUGGUAAAGGUGGAGAUGUUCUACAACUCGGAGUACAGCAUGCCCUCUACCCAUGCCAUGUCCGGUACCGCCAUACCCUUGUGCCUGUUCCUGCUGACCUACGGUCGAUGGGAGUAUCCUAUGCUGCUGGGUCUCUCUCUGGCCAUCAGCUGGUGUGUCCUGGUGUGUUUGAGCCGCAUAUACAUGGGCAUGCACUCCAUACUGGACAUCAUUGCCGGUUUCCUGUACAGUUUGCUGAUCGUAGUGGUCUUCAGUCCUGCUCUGGAAAUCAUUGACACAUUCAACUGCACCCAUCGCUACGCCCCACUGAUGAUCAUCUCGCUUCACGUGGGUCUGGGCCUCUUCUCCUUCACCUUGGACACCUGGAGCACAUCACGCGGUGACACCGCCCAAAUACUUGGCUCUGGGGCGGGUAUUGCCUUGGCAUCCCACGUCAACUACCAUCUGGGCCUAUUGCCAGACCCACCUGCAUCGAUGUUGCCUCUGCAGCCCCCAUCUUUCACCCUCGGCCUGAUCGGACUCUGUCUACUCCGCUUCCUCCUGGGUGUCCUCAUUCUCCUGGCUACCAGAGCCAUAAUGAAGGCUCUCACCAUCCCGCUCGUCUGCUGGCUCUUUGGGAUUCCAAGCGGUGAUGUUCGGAAGGCCAGGCAGCACAUGGAGGUGGAAUUGCCGUAUCGUUAUAUCGUCUACGGAACCGUAGGGUUAAAUGCGCUUUUCCUUGUGCCUUUCCUGUUCGCACAAGUGGGUCUGUUGUGAUUGGGUGAAAGAACCAUCCAUCUUUCUGGCCAAUAAGAGCCCAGUUGGACUGCAGAGGCCCUUCCCUUCAUAUCAAUGUUUGGAUGGAACUAAAGCCAGUCAUGUAACACUGUGCUGCACCUUCCAAAUGUUCCUCAAAUAUGUUUUCCAUCAUUUAGUUUUCACAGAUUUAGGUCCAUUUUCAUUUCAAAAAACCUGUUUGGUGUUGAUUCAGAGAUGGCCCUUUUCUAAGCAGUUUGCAUUGCAUGUAAAGUACAGUAGCAUGUCUAUUCUCAUCUAAAAUCUUGUAAACGUAUCUACCCUAUAGGGCUGGUUGUAUUUUUCUCAAGCAAUAUAGCAGUUUUGCUAAUUAUCAUAAACUUUAGAGGACUUCUGACUAAUCUUUUGAUGAGUUUUGUUUAUGCCACAGUAGGACGCCUCAAACUCUUGCAUCAAGAGUUGACUGAAAUCUUUCUUGCGAAGGUGUGACUCAUGCAAAUUACUGCAAUGGAUCCUGAAGCUGAUGCCAGCUUUUAUUUUUUGUUUGCAAUAUAAAAUCUGAAAUCUCAAAUGAAAAGGCCACCCAAGCAUGAUGGUUACUGGUUGGGUGCAGCGUUGAUCUUUGAGGUCCUUUUGUUGCAGUUUAUUGAGAUGUUUAGUUUCGAAUCGAAAGCAGGUUGGACUAUUUCCUUUAUAAUGAUACAUGGAGACGCCUUAAAGGGCUAUUUCACACAAAAAUGACACAUGUCAUCAUUUACUCAACUCUCAUGUCGUUCCAUAAUUGACUGACUUUCUUCUGUGGAACACAAAAGAAGAUAUUUUGAGAAAUGUGCCUUUAAAAUAUCAUCUUUAGUGUUCCACAGAGAAGCAAAUUUAUUCAAGUUUAAAAAUGAUAUAAAGGUGAAUAAAUAAUGAUAGAAUUUUAAUUUUUGGGUGAACAAUCCCUUGAACUGACCACUCAAGAACCAGUUUCUCUAGGCAUUUAAAUGGCGAUGCACUAGUGAUUUAUUCUGAAAAUGGUUUAAUAUUGAAACGGUUUAUGUUCUUAGAUUGAAUACAUGUCUGGCUCAUAAUCAGAAUUAUUCUUGAUCGUUUUUUUUUUUUCAGUCUACUUUUAUUUCCUGUAAUUUGCUGCUUAGACAUGGUACUAUAUGUGUAUGUAUGUAAAUAUGCGUGAUUUUUAUUGUUUGCAAAGAAAAGCGGCAAUGCUUUCCCUACUAGCAUUUAGCUGUAUUUUCAGUCAGGUUGAAACACAAGUCAAUGUCAGGUUUGCCACUAAACGUAUGAAUAAUUCAAGCUGCCUUUUGAUAGUCAAGGUUAUGUUUAAUGUGUAGUUAAGAUGAAUUUGUGAUACUGAUUUAAAUGCACUGUGCCCAGAUUGCACUGCUCUGCUGCCUGCUGUUGUCGCUGGGAUGACCUUAUAAUAGGUCAGGCUUGCGUGACACUGCUGUGUUUGCACUCUUCCUGUGGCCUUUUGUGUCUUUGUGCACGUUUAAGUUCCUUUUUCUACUGAAAGAGAAGGUGAUUUCCCAAUUCCUCACUUCUGUAAACAGGAUUGUUUUGGAUUCUCUGAAUGAUUAGAAAACCAGUGAUCCCACCCAGCGCAGAGCAAUGUUGACCAUUGACCAUUGACCCUUCACCUAGAACGAUACAGAUCUCAGUCAUUUUAAGGUCGGAGGGUUUAUAGAAGAGAGAGGUUGUAUUUAGGCCAGAAUAUGAGAAGAUGCUCAUUGGAGCGUUGCUUUCUGGACCAGUUGUGCUAGUUCCUUUACUGCAUGACUCUUUCUGAGUGAUUCCGUAGUAAAUCUGUGUGUUUGUGGAUGGAAGUAGGUAGACUGUAGCAUUUUUUUUCCUCUCAGGCCUAUGUGCUAGUAAUCUGUAAUGUGUUUAUGACCAAAUAUGAGUAUUUUCUGUAGCUAUAAAUCCUUUAUGUAGGUAAUUGUUCAGCCCCACACUGAAUCUGCAGACUUCCAAAAAAUCAUUUGCAAAGCUCUAUGCAUCCUCUUUCUUGUUAGUUUAUUCAAUGUUUUGUAACAGUUUUUAAUAUAAUUUGAUGAUAAUGAUUCAACUACUAAAAAGUAGUGCUCUCAGGUCAGUUUAACUCAUUUUACUAUGUCUAAAUUCAAAAAUUCCCCUAUAAUCAGCACCAAAUGCAGAAAAAGGCAGCAGAAUCCAUGUGGUCCUGUCAUGACCUAGAUUGAGCUCCUGAGAAACUGGUCCAAUGGUGAGGUUCUCAUUUAAAAGUGCUUUAUUUCCUUUGAUUUGGCUUUCUCUGCUUUUAAGGGGGGAAAACAUAGCUAAUUCUGAAUAAACAGAUCUGAUUUAGAUGCCACACAGUGCCUUUUUAUGUAAAUCUCUGCUAUAUUUGAUAAGCACAGACAAUUAUUCCCAUCUGUUCUGUUUUUCAUUUUUCUUUCAUUCAUCUGAACAGAGCAUGCGACAAACUUUAAGAUAAAGUGGAAUAUUAAAAUGACAGAUUGCUGCUCAGUCCAUCCUGGUUCAUACAAUGUUGUAAUUCUAAACUUUUUUUUUUUUUUUUUGGUUUAUUAUAUAUAAAAUAUAAAUGUUAGAUGAAGAAAGCUAAUUCACAAUAUUAGCAAAUGCUAUAAUAACACAUAAUACACUAAAGAAAUACCAAAUUCAGAAAUAUUACAUUUCAACAGACACCCUCCCAGUUUUUUUUGUAUGUUUAUUUCUUUGUAAAAUCACUUUGAUUACAGUUGUUUAAAAUGUCUUUUUUUUUUUUUUUCAUUGUCAUGGUUUCUAUUGCUGUACCAAAUGUGUCUCAGAAGCUUUGGAUACUGUAUGUGUGUUUGUGUAAAAUGUUAUUUUUGGAGAUCUGAUGAUUCUUGUGAUGUUAAUCUUGGUCUUUUUGAUUUCUGAAAAUAUGGAUGACUUUGUCAUCUCUAAAUAUUGUUGGAGGCAUUCUGAAGGUUUUAAGAGCUUGAUGUAGAUAUAUUGUAAAACCUGCAGAUAUUUAAAAAUACCCAAAAUUUAAAUCUCAGACUGAACGUUCAGACAAAAUGAAAAUCAGCUGACCCAGCGCUUGACACCGGAACAAUCGCACUCCCACGGGGCUGAAAAUGCAAUACACAAAUGACCAAGAAUUCAGUGUUAUAAAGAGACCUGUAGCUUAUGUUCAUAAAAUGGCUUGUUAUAGAAGCUCUGUUCAAUGCUUUUCAUAGCAGUUAUCUGAUGAUCUUUAUUGAUUGCGUUUGAAUAAUAUACUCAAAAGCAAAAAGGCUAUUACUUUUGUCUGUUUUUGAGGAAAAAAAAAUAAAGAAAAUGCAUUUUACUAACAGAAGUGUAUGACUGGGUUUGAUAAGCACACAUUUAACUCAGUCAUUGUUUCACAGGAAGUUUGAUUGUUCCUGCUGAGAACAAUGACCUCUCUAUAAUGUCUGAAAUAUUAAUUGUGAGCAUGUUUUAGCCAGAUAGAUUACAAAAACCCUCUCCUCUUACCGAAUUCAGUUAUAUGUGAUAUAUUAGCAAAAUAAGCUAAAUUCUUAUUUGUGUUCAUUCAAAAUACUAAUGAAGCACAGUAUUUCAGAUGAGUUUUCACAAAAAUUGAAUAAAUCAGGAUUUUAUGGCUCAUACAGAAUGAUAUAGUGAGAAUAUGGAGCUCAUACUCGAGGAGGAAAAAACAGUUCAGUUUUAUUCAGAGGCCCAAACUGAAGUAAGAUGAAAUUCUGAUAGCUUGUAAUGUAAAUCAAUGAUCUUUAUAACAGUAUAGCAGACUACUUGCAUCAAAAGCAUAUAAAUAUCAGUUAUCACUCUAAAUCUCCCAAUAAUAUGUCUUAGAUGAUAUUUAAAUGUUUGGUUUCAUGAUCAAAGCUCUGUAGUUUUAUUUGUGGGGGUAAAACAUAUAAUGCAAUGCAAUCCUGUUCCAAGUCUGCUGUAUCUUAUUUGAUACAUAUAUUUAAACAUGAUUUAACAUGAAAAAAUUAUGCAUGGAUAAUCAAAUAGACCUAAGUUGCUUCAAUACAGUAAAUAUUCCUAUUGAAAUGUUAACAAUAUAACGGCUAUACUUAGGUUUACUUUAUAAAAUCAGUAAAGAUUUCAAGGCAAAAAGACACAACUAGAAAAACCUGAAGGUGAACAUUUUUGUAAUUAUACUAUAAGGCCUUUUACUUUCUAAAAAUGUCUGAGCUAUCAGUCAGAUGGCAGAAGUAGGGGUGUAAGAAAAUAUCGAUACACAUGAAUAUCGCGAUAUUAUGUUUGGCGAUACUGUAUCGAUUCUCAAAAUCACUGUAUCGAUAUUUAUUUAUUUAUUUAUUUAUUUACAUCCAAUAUUCCUGGGUUUGUGUUCGGUUUAAACCACAGACUGUAUAAAACCCAACCGCUAGAUGUCAGUGUUAUCUCAGAACGUAAACUGACGCGUAGCCAUGAGAAGCGCGAGGAGCAUUAAUACUGUUAGCAUUAGCAAACCCAGCUCACAAGACGAUAGAAUUAUUCCGCUCCCGCGGCAUACAGAGCUGAAGUGUUGACUCAUUUUGGCUUCAAAUAAAGACCCACUAAAGGAGAUCGACAAGAGUCAGUUGUUUGCAAAAUAGACCGUGUUAUAUAAUCCAAAACUCGGGAAACUCAUUAAGUAUCCCGAUGCCAUCCGCGCUCCCGAGAGAGGCAUUCGAUAGAAUAUGUAGUAUGUACUGCACGUUUUCCUCUCGGUAACAAAAUAAACACAAAACAAAAAAUGACAGCGGUGACAGCAUAAAGAAAGCAUCUGAUCAUAGCGAUGUGGAUAUGUUUAAAACAGCUCUGUUCAGCACUUCAGUGAAGUCACGUUUAUUUAAAUAGCACUUUAUACAUUAGACUGCUAAAGCAAGCAGCUUUACAGUAUUAAAUAUAAAACAAACACAUUAAGUCAUGAAAUGGACUAUGCACUAGUUGUUAAAUAGUUUAGAAAUUAAAAACUGCUUUACUGUCAACCUUUAAAACAUAUACACAUAAAGAAUCCUGCAGUCACUACUAUUUUCCCUUAGAUUGCACAAUAGUGAUUGUGAUAUAAAUGCAAAUGAUACUGUAUUGAUUGAAUAAAAUAAAGUUGUUUGUAAGGCUUUA